ACAGUCAAAUCUCACACAUAACUAGUCACAAAGAAGAAACCAUCGCGGAUACAUAACCAUUUAUCGUUUUAAGUCAGUCAGUCAAAUACACACAAGGUUGAGUGUGCCGUCGUUCAGUUUUAUUUAUUAUAAAUUUGAGUAAAAGCCGAGUCAAAUACAAAAAUGAUUCGUCUGUUGAUAGUGAGUGCAUUAUUCGGAUUAGUGCUGUGUGAUGAGAAAAAGUGUGGAAAAUGUCCACCCACUCCGAAGUUAUAUGAAGAACUGGGAUGUGUUGGUGUAUUAGAUAACAAUGGUUGCUGUUUCGAAAGAUUCAAUUGCCCGGAUUGGAAUACUCUGGCUGCAGAUAAGUGCCACUAUAAGGGAAGAUCGUACAACAUAAGUGAUACUGUUUCGGAAUCAGAUUCUCCACCGUGCAGCAUUGCUUGCCAUUGCUCGGAAGGAUAUGACGGAACGAAGCCAUCUUUCCGCUGUGCAAGUGUGGAUUGUCCAGAAAAUUUCGGAUUCCUUGAACCGGGAUGCGUUUUCCAGUAUAGUUUAGAUAAAUGCUGUAAUGUCGACAAAGUUUGUGGCGACGAUAAAAUUAACGAACUAGGCAAAUGUGAGUUGGAAGGUAAGACUUACACUGAAGGUGAAAAAAUGUAUCCCGACAGUUCAUCGUGUCAUACUUGCCUGUGCACCAAAGACUUCAACAGCUCUGUUCCCAUUGAAUCGAAUCCGAACUGUAAAAAAGUCGACUGUGGCAUCGAACUACGUAACCUUUAUCGGCUACAGAGCGGAUGCGUACCAGUUUACUUCGGCACAAGUGACUGCUGUCCAAUCGACUACAGAUGCCCAUCGGAAAAGGAUGAAGUUAUGCCAAUCGAAGGACGAGCUGAUCUGGAUGUCAUGCUUGAAAAAACAUGUAAAUAUGGCGAUCACAACCUGCAUAUCGGCCAAAGUUUAAAUUCACUUGAAGAUAAAUGUGUCGAAUGUACGUGCAAACAGCCACCAAUGGUUGAAUGCGUCAAGAAGACGGAUUGUUAAUGUAUAAUUGUAAAAAUGAAACCGUAGAGAAUAAAUGUUAUUUCGUAAACU